AUGUCUUUAUUGCCAUUCUUAUUAGAUUUGGAUCGACCACGACGUCUUCUUGAUCAGCAUUUAGCGAUAGCUUUAACUCCAGAGGAUAUCCUCGCUGCCGUUGGCCAACCGAGAGACUACCUUCGGCCGUGGAAGCAACUGUCAACCAUUUUGCAAGACGCGGACACUACCAUUAAAACCGAUAAGAACAAGUUUCAGAUUAAUUUGGACGUGCAACAUUUUGCGCCUGAGGAAAUUACAGUGAAGACGUCCAAUGGUCAUGUCGUGAUUGAAGGGAAGCAUGAGGAGAAACAAGAUGAACAUGGCUGGGUGUCUCGACAGUUCACAAGAAGAUACGCUCUUCCCGAGUCGUGUAGUGUCGACGCAGUGCAAUCUCGGCUGUCUUCGGAUGGCGUGCUAACUAUCAUUGCACCACUGGAGCGUCCCCAAGCUUCUAACGAGCGUGUUGUGCCGAUAAUUCACACCGGGCCAGUAAAGACCCAGCCUGACGGUGGCAAGUCCGAAAUCGGUGACGGCGAAGCCGCACCGGUUGAUAACGGACAGUAA